UUAUUCUUUUCACAUCUUUUUCCACACACGCACACCAGUUGACAGCCGUAUUUGCUCUAUGAAGCUUUCUGUAUUGUUAUCUGUGCUUAUGGCUGUAGCGGUCAGCGCGCUUCCCGCCAAAGACUUUGCUGCGCGACAGUAUUUUGCGCUCGAGAUUGAUGCCCAGACGCUCCCAAAAGUAGUCUCCGACUUCCCGUUCCGCUACGAACACCCUGCCAGAGGCCUAGCAGACCACCACGUGUUCAGUCUUGAGAAGAGCCACGACCUUUCUGCGUUGUUGGGCAACCUCAACAGCGACCCCGAGAGCUUGAUGAAGCGUGGGGAUUUGCACGACGAUUUGCUCAGACACGAUGUCAAGUCCGUGCAUCUUUUACCGCCAAAACGUCUCCACCGCAGGGCUCCUAUUCGCAUGGUAUCGGGUAAGGGGGACGAAUGUGAACCGGAUGCCGACUCGAAUGGCAAGUCUAUCCUUAAAAGAGACUCUCCCGACUUUUUGGACCAAACAGCCAAGUCCCUUGCUAUCAACGAUCCGCUUUUCGAAAAACAAUGGCAUCUUGUCAACCGGGCUUUUCCCGGAAAAGAUCUCAACGUAACGGGUGUCUGGAUAGAGAAGAACAUUACCGGAAGAGGUGUCGUCACGGCUCUUGUGGAUGACGGUUUGGACUUCACCUCCAAGGACUUGGAGCACCGCUUCUCACUUGAAGGCUCGUGGGACUUCAACAACCCCGGCCCAAAACCAGCGCCGCGUCUUGCGGAUGACUGGCACGGCACGCGCUGCGCUGCGGAAAUCGCGGGCGAGCGGGGCAAUGACUAUUGUGGGGUAGGCGUCGCGUACGGUUCCAAGGUCAGCGGGGUGCGCAUUCUCUCGGGAACUAUUACACAAGAGGAUGAGGCUGCAUCUUUGGUUCACGCUUUGGAUGUCAACGACAUCUACUCGUGCUCGUGGGGACCGCCCGACAACGGAGUUGCGAUGCAGGCGCCACAGGCGUUGGUGAAGAAGGCUAUGUCCAGGGGUGUAACCGAUGGCAGACAUAAGAAGGGUGCGGUGUACGUGUUUGCCUCGGGAAACGGGGCCUCAAGCGGCGACAACUGCAAUUUUGACGGCUACACUAACUCGAUCUACUCCAUCACCGUCGGGGCCAUUGACCACAAAGACCAGCAUCCAUACUAUUCCGAGAGCUGUUCCGCGGUGCUUGUGGUGACGUAUUCCAGCGGCGACAAUGAGCACAUUGUGACUUCAGAUAUCCACAAUAAGUGCUGCAACACUCAUGGAGGGACGUCUGCGUCUGCGCCACUCGCAGCGGGAGUCUAUGCGCUCGUGCUUGAGGCAAACCCCGCGCUCACGUGGCGCGACGUCCAAUACCUCACAAUCAUGUCGCUGGUGGAGCCAAACGAGGAUGGCGCCUGGCAGAUGGCGGGGAUGGGCCGUAGAUACUCUCAUAAGUACGGCUAUGGCAAGUUAGAUGCUUAUCGCAUUGUGGACAUGGCCCAGGGCUGGAAGAACGUGAAUGAGCAGGUUUUGGUGGAGCACAAGACGAGGGACAUACAGGCAGAGAUUCCGGACGAUAAGCAUGCGGUGACGGAUACGUUAAAGGUGACGGAAAAGGAUGUUAAAGGGGUGAAGAACUUGGAGCAUGUGACGGUCACGGUGAAUAUUGAUGCCGGGAUCCGGGGGCAAGUGGCUGUUACGCUCACGUCUCCAAGGGGGGUCAAGUCUGAGUUAGGGGUGUUCCGAGACCACGACAAAGACCGUACGGGGUUCAAGGACUGGACGUUUAUGUCUGUCGCGCAUUGGGGCGAGUCUGGUGUGGGUGAGUGGAAAUUAGAGGUGCUGAAGCGGGAGGAUCAGAAGGGGGUGAACAAGGUGGUGCUUAAGGAUUGGCAGAUGAAUAUGUAUGGGCAAAAAACGUCAGAGAGUGAGACGGAGAAGGAGAAGGAGAAGGAGAAGGAGACGGGGACUUCUCAGACUUUAUCAUCUCAGACCUCCCUGCAAGCCUCUCUAACUUUGUCAUCCCAGACCUCCCUGCAAACCUCUCAGACUUUGUCAUCCCAGAUAUCCUUGUCCUCCUCUUCGACUUUACCUGAAGAAGAAGACGGGGUCAACAGAAACACAUCGAGCUCUAACAUGGUGACAUACCUCGCAGCGCUCGUGCUCAUCGGCUUUGUUGCCGCAUUAUACUUCCUCAGUGCUAGCAAAAAGCGCAACACGCGCCGCAGAAGACGCGAGGAGAUCGAGUUCGACUUGUACAGCAGCAAUGACGAGGACGCCGAGGACCUCACCGACUUUGAGAUCCACGACGAAGAGGUAGACUUGGGUGAUGACCGCGUGCCGCCGCCAGUGCCGCCUAAGGACUACGUCGAUGGUGUCAUCUUCUCCAGCGACGAGGAGGCGGCCGUGGGUGAGACAAAGAACUUGGUUGACCAUAAUGAAAGUGUGAGGGACUUGAUGGACGAUGACAGUGAAAUGUAUAGAAUAAACGACAUUAGGCAGGUCAAAGGGACGAGUGGAGGGGUUGGCACGGGAGAGGAAGCGUCGCCGAAUAAGCUUAGGUGUGCCGAAAACUGA